AUGCCUCCCAUUUUUAAAGUGCUGAAAGCUGGGAAGAAGUUCCAAUGGAAUGAGGAAUAUGAAAAGGCCUUCCAAGGCCUGGAAAUGCACCUGGGGCAGGCCCCCCUCCUCUCCAAAUCGAAGCUCGAUGAGAUCCUACAGCUAUAUCUGGCCAUCUCCAAUGAGGCCAUCAGUUCGAUUCUAACCCGAGAAGAGGGAACCACCCAACUUCCUGUUUACUAUACAAGUAAAGCACUCCUAUCUCCGGAAACCCGUUACCCCGAUAUGGAGAAGCUCACUUUGGCCUUGAUCAUGGCCUCCAGGAAAUUGAGACCCUACUUCCAAGCUCAUACCAUUCAUGUGUUGACAAACUUUCCCCUAAGGCAAGUGCUCCAAAAGUCCGAUGCCUCAGGAAGAUUAUUGAAGUGGACAGUGGAGCUAAGUGAAUUUGACCUCAUGUUCAAGGCUAGGACAGCCAUCAAGGGUCAAGCCUUAGCUGACUUUGUGGCAGAAUUCGCCAAUUUACCCAAGGUAGAUGAAAUCAUGGAACCCGUCGAGCCCCCUACGUGGAACUUAUUCAUUGAUGGGUCGACCGGGGAUGCCGGCUCAGGUGCUGGAGUUGUCCUCAUCAGCCCUGAAGGUCACAAGCUAAACUCAGCGGUGAGGUUCAGGUUCAAACUCACCAACAAUGUAGCAGAAUAUGAGGCACUUCUUGCAGGCCUCAGGCUGGCCAAGGACAUGCAAGUAAAGAGGCUACUUAUCAACAGUAACUCCCAGCUAGUUGUUAGCCCAGUAAAUGGUAACUUCUCAGCCAAGGACAAAACGAUGGCUUUCUACUUGAAAAUAGUGAUGAACCUCAUCCCAUCCUUUGAAAGCAAGGAUUCAGAACUACUCAUAGUAGUACCUAUAAAGCACCUCCUCCUGCCGUCCACCGAGGCCCCCAAUGUAAUGUGGGUCGCUGGAACUCCUACUUGGAUGCAGCCAAUUGUAGCAUACCUCAAAGAUCAGGUACUUUCCACUAACAAGCAUGAGGCCUACAAGCUAAGGAGGAGGUUAGCCUACUUCCUUUUCAUUGAUGAUGUUCUCUAUAAAAAGAGCUUUUCCUCCCCACUCUUAGGAUGUGUUGGGAGAGAAGAUGCUACUUACAUAUUAAGAGAAGUCCAUGAGAGCGUGUGCGGCAAUCACUUCGGAGGUCUAUCUUUGGCACAAAAGAUAUUGUGGCAAGGGUACUACUGGCCUACCCUGAAAAGGGAUGCCCUCGAGUUUGCAUGA